UGAAGGAAUUAUGCACCCUCCACUCAGUAGCUAACGCUAAUCUAUAAAUAACCUUUUUAUAAAAAACACGUCAGUCUGUUAGUUGCUACGGAAGACAUAUCAGUAACACAGAAAAACAAUAUUAUACGAAUGAUAUAGAGGAAUGCAAAUGGGGAUUUGAAAUAGAAUGCCCAUUCUGAUUGACUUAAGUUAGGUCUUUAUUUCCAGGCUACAACAGGUGCUAAGUAACGGUAGCAUAGUUAGCUGGCUGGUUUGCAUGCAAGACGAAGUGAAAGGUUGCAAACGAAGUGACAGCUAGGGCAAUUUGCUAUUGAUCAAAACGGUUGUAGUUCUAACGUUACAUUUGGGUUUUAACAUAAUUUUAACCAUAGUCGAUGGUUCUUUGACACACUGAAUGAGUGUAAUCCAUUACUUUGCAGCAAGUCUGCUGCUGCUGCAUACAACCUUAAUGGCUAGCUAGCUAGCUAAGUUAACUUAAGUUUGACAUGUUUGGACGGCACAUAUUUGAAACGCUGACCAAGCUCAUAACUCUUAGGGGCGUGCAGUUUCCUGCGUCCGCAAAUGUCCGAUUACUGGUUUGUUCUAAAGAGAAAUCAUUUCAGCUAACUCAAGCAAGCUCUUGCAGCAUCUUGCCAAGAAAGCUAAAUUAUAUGGACAUGCAACCUCCUGGCGGCCUCGAAGUCGCCUCUCUCCUUGAGGUCGAUAUUCCCAUGGAGCAUGAUAGUCAUGAGUUAUCAUCUGCAACAGUUGCAAGUAAUGAUGCAGUCCCUGCAGAGAAGGCUGCAAGUUCUGUGCAAGGAGACGUCAGCCCUGAAAAGGCAAAGCGAGCGAAAAAGAAAGCCAAGAAGCCUCGCGGUCGUAAGAAGCAGCCAAAGACACCAGAGUGCACUGAUGACCUCAUGGCAGAACUACCUUUUGCUGGCACAAAAGUGUGGAAAGACCUUGAAUUUACAAGCUCAGAGCGACUGAAGAAAAAACGGAAAAUUGGUGAAAGUGGAGAGAGUGAGGAGGAUGGAGACAAGAAAAAAAAGAAGAAGAAAAAGGAGUCUCAACGUCCAAAUUACUUUGUCUCGAUCCCAAUCACUAACCCACAGAUUAAGGUGGAGGUGGAGGCGGUCCAGGCGGCGGUAAUCCGGAGAGACCCUCGGCUGAGCCGUGUUCUCAUCCCCACCGGCAGCCUGCACAUCACGCUGCUGGUGACCCACUUGGGCAGUCAGGAGCAAGUCGACUCGGCGGCGUGCGCUCUGGACCACAGCAGGCAGAGUGUGUGUGAGCUGCUGGAGGGCCGGGAGCUGGUGCUGCCCUUCUCUGGCGUGACCAGCUUCAAGAACGAGGUGGUGUUCGUCCAGCUCGCUGAGGGGGAGCACGUCAACACGCUGACACAGAUCGCAGAGGCAGUGAGGCGGACGUUUGUGGAGCGGGGUAUCGCUGUGACGGACGACAAAGCCUUCAAACCUCACCUGACCUUCAUGAAGCUCUCCCGGGCGCCCAAACUCAGGAGUCAGGGCAUUAAGAAGCUGGACCCGGAGCUAUACGCCGAGUUCUCCCAGCAGCGCUUCGGGGACGAGACCUUGUCCCGCAUAGACCUGUGCUCCAUGCUGAAGAAGAAGAGCCCCGACGGAUACUUCCACCGCGAGAGGUCCGUCAGCUUCGUCUUUCUCUCGUUCUCUGGUUCUCGAUGCCUCAUCAAACUGUCUUGUCAUGCUUGUCAAUCUCACGCAGAUCUUACUCAAAGAGCUCACCGAGCCUCACGGACAAGUGGAAAGAAGCAUCCGGAGCCGGACGAUGAGGAGCUGGUAAGCCUGAGCAAGCGUCUGGUGGAGGACGCGGUGCUGCGGGCGGUGCAGCAGUACAUGGAGGAGACGCAGGAGACCCAGCAGAGCAACGGCGCCGCCGCCCAGACCAAAGGCCCCGAGGGCCCCACCACGCCCACUCCGUCGCCCGCCGCCACCCAGCUCCCGGCGGGCACCCUCAACUCUAACGCCAGCAAAUGACCGCCCAGCCGACAAAGCCCUGACCGCCGCCCCCUUUGCCCCCUGCACAGCCCACUGAGGGGGCCCAGCCUCUGCUACUGCCCCCACCCCACACUCCCCUACCCCAAGGCAGGGCACCAGCCAGAGGUGUCCACAGCUUGGGCAGCAGGGACUGUAUAUGAAGAGCCGGAAGAUGAGGAGGAGGAGGAGGAGGAGGAGGAAGAAGAGGAAGAUCUCUCUUGAGAAUUGAAGGCUUUUUUUUGGAGUGUUGCGCAGUGUUCAUCUUGGAUAUGCUGCAGUGAGGAUUUAAGAAGAUUGGAAGCUUGUGCAGCUUUUUUUCUUUUUUCUUUUUUUUUUUUUGAUUUCUUUUCUGUUGUUGUUGUUGUUGUUAUUUUGUUCUGAGUUAUGAUCCCCUGCCAAGCAGCUCAGCACAACCCACCGUCUCCUCCUGUCUUGACUCUCACAGCACCAUUUCACACUCUACACUUGUACACAAAUUAGUCUUUUUUUCCCUUUUUUUCUUGACUAUUUUCAUUUAGAGUGACCUUUUCUCUUCUGUCCUUGACAGUAUGUGUGAGUGUGUGUAUUUGUUUUGUGAGUAUCUUGGGUCCCUGAGUGGAAGACUUUGACCUUUUGUGCUGAGGUCCGACUAGAAUCGACCUGUCACACCCACACCCUGGGUGCUCAAGCAUUGGGUGGAGAAGAUGGAUAGCUCCGGUCAGGCACACACUACACCUGCAUCUCUUUUGCGGCGAGUUGUCUGAAGAACCGCAAAACAGGCAGGCCAUUAGCUGAUCAGUGCAAAGACAAUCACACGUCUCGACUAAACCUUAAAAUAUCACUACAGAACAAAACGAAACAAAAAAAAAUGCCAGCUUCUCCGAAAACCUUGUCAGAAACUAAGACCAAUGAAAUGUGUUUUUAGAGCUCGUAUGAAAUUGUACCAUUAUUAUUAUUAUUAUUAUUAUUAUUAUGAUCAUGGACUAUGCAGUUGAAAAACAUGCUGUGAACGAUGUUUACACAUUGUCCGUUCAGUGCUAUGUGUUUGCUGAAACUUGAAAAAAACCGUGGCGUUUUAGUCCUAGCAAUGUCCAUGUUGUGGGUGAGGAUGCUUUACAACUCCACAGAAGAAAAGAUCCCAUGAAGCAGAGGCUAUAGGCUGGGAGUGCGGGGCUGAAUGGAAAGGGUUAAGAGGAUUGGCAACGAUCAUGUUUUGAGUUCAAAAGGCCAGCCAGUGUUUUUAUUACGUCUGGUUUUUGGUUCUUGUUUUUGUUUUUUGUUUUUGUUGUCUUGUCUCAUUGUUGAUGUUUGGAACAGGGUGUGAGUGUGAGGGGAGGAGCUCCAUCAGAAAUCUGCUGGACCGUCAGAGAGAAUCGGUCCGGCAGAGACUGGGGAGCAUUCGGACUCUCCUGGCCCAGCCGUCGGUGCGAGCGCAGAUCAUCCAGGAGCUCCGUGGGGAGC